CAUCCACCUCCACAAUGCCGAAACGGAAACGCUCUACAUAUGAUGAUGGCAACCGCGUACAGAAUAUGCGGAUGCAAGAUGUGCAAGACGCCCUAACAAAAGCUCGAAGACAGCUUCACCGGGCGCUCAAAACCGCGAAAGGCUUCGAGCGUCAAAAGCUUGGAAAGCGCCUCAAGCUCGCAACGACCAAUGGAGAAAGCGAAGCAAUUGCGAGAAUCAAUCGGGAGAUUGAAGCAUUGAAAAGGCUUGACCUAGGGAAAUUGACGAAUACGCAUCUGCACAAGUCGCUGUUGAAGAUUAAGGCCUUUGCUGAGAGCGAAAAUCUACCGAAUGAAUUGAAGAUGGAGCUACCGAAACCUGAAGGGGACGAGGCAAUGCUCACAGCAUUGAGGAAUGUUACGAGCGGGAUGUACAGCAUGAAGCCAGUCAAGGAUGCAAUGGAUCAGAAUAUCAAUGGGAUGUAUAUUGCGAUGGGAAUACCGGCACCUGCGAAGAAAGAGAAGGGGGCGAAGAAGGUCGAGGUCAAGGGCGUAUUGAAGAAGGGAGGAUUGAGUGCAUCAGCAAUAAUGGGUGAUGUGGAUACCGGUCAGAAAGAAGAUUCUGGGAGUGGGGAUGACGGGCUUUCUUGGGAAGGCUUUGACUCUCGUGAGGACGACGAGGAUAAACAUGAGGAAAAAGGGGGGGUCGAAGACGAGUCAAUGGAUGAAGAGGAGCUCGCUCGAUAUGAUGCCUUGCUUGGUGGUUCAUCGGAUGAGGAGAGCUUCGACGAACAAAGGUACACCCGCAACCGCCCGCCUCAAACAGCUAAACGUGUGUCACUCUCGCUUUCGCCAACACCCUCUGCAUCUCCUACGCCGUCACAAUCCGCAUCGCCAUCGUUGUCCUCUUCUCCAGAGCCAGAACAGAAGAAAAUUUCCAAACCAUCCAAGGCCAAAGCCGUUCUAACCACAAAACCAGGCCUUUCAACAUUCCUCCCCACUCUGAUCGGCGGAUAUUGGUCUGGGUCCGAAUCCUCUGCAUCAGACAUUGAGGAUGCCGCCCCUAUCAAGAAAAAUAGACCUGGUCAAACGGCGCGGCGAGCAAUAUGGGAGAAGAAGUAUGGAGAGAAAGCGAAUCAUAUCAAGACUGGCAAAGGUCCAGUUGGGAGAGGGAAGGAUGAUGGCUGGGAUCCGAAAAGAGGUGCUAAAGAGUCUUCUAGUGGGCGAGGUAGUUUCAGUGGGAGGGGCGGCAGAGGUGGGAGGGAAAGUGGACGAACGAGGAGUUAUGAUCGAGCAACGGGUGAAAAUGCCAUUGCAGUAGAGCCGAAAAAAAGAGGAAUGGGAAGGAAGGAUGAUGCUGGUGUCUUGCAUCCCAGCUGGCAGGCAGCUAAGAAGGCAAAGGAAGCUAAGAAGACGGCUACAUUUCAAGGGAAGAGGGUCACUUUUGACUGAAUUGUUGUUUUGGUAUACCCACGGAGUUUACUGCAAUAAGUCAUCAAAUUUUAAAUUUGCUUCUUCUCGAAGCAUCGCUUUUAUAUUGUGGUUUGCCAGGCUUGUCAGUGCGAUGAUCAUUCGUUCUUUCCACUUUGCUUCCGCCCAAGCCAUGAAAGUUCCUUCCUUCUUAUCCGGGUUCUGGCUCUCAUUUAUCCUUCUU